GUGCGCAACGUCAUGAUAGAGAAUAUAGAUAAUGUACUUGAAAGAGGAGAUCGGCUGGAAUUGCUGGUUGAUAAAACUGCAAAUAUGCAAGGAAACACAAUUCGCUUCAGAAAACAAGCUCGCCGUUUCAGGAACACUGUGUGGUGGCGGAAUGUUAAGCUCACGGUUGCAUUGAUUCUCCUCCUUUUAGUCAUAAUUUAUGUUGUACUUGCAUUCGUGUGCCAUGGGAUCACUCUGCCCUCAUGCAUCCGGUAAUGAUAGCUACUGGUAGUAGUUAUCAUGUUUCUUUUGUGUUUGGUGGUCAUUUAUUUUCCUAAUGUGAAUAAGCUUGCACAUUAUUGGUUUGGGCUGACUGUGUUAGGAGUGUCACUUGCAUGUUUGUCGUGCCUUUGUUGUGGAGACUUGUGAUCCAAGAUGUAAUAUUGUACUGUAAAAUCUUAUGUCAAAUUUUAUAGCAUUGUCGAAUAAAAGGAACAUGUGAUGAAGUAUUUCCUGCA